AUGAAUGAAGCUUAUAUUUUAUAUAUAUAUCAAAUCAAAAACGUAAACCAAAGACAAACCAAAAAUGAGUAUUUGGUGUAUUUAACUAUCUUCCAGGCAUGGUUUGAAAGGCUAAUAGAUUGUGCUUAUCAAGUUAAUGAGCUAGAAAUUAAUCAGAAAUGUAACGAGAAGUUGGAGAUGGUAACUACCGGGUGUGGUACAAUGGUUCCCAACACCAGGGACCUUGAGGUUUACUAUUGGAAUAACCAAAAAACUGUGGGUAAACCAGCACUUGAUAUUCCCAAAUAUAUACUCUACAAAUUACAGAAUUAG